UGCUGCAUUGAAUUUGUUUGGAUACAGCAAGGCUGCAGCAGUGUCAUGCAUCACUCUGAAACCGCUGAUUUUGCAGAAGGGGAAAAGGGCCAAGAUCAUUUGAGCUCCAGAUGCUGAGAGACACAAGCAGUCAGUGGAAGAGAUGCAUAAUAAACAGAACAGUAUCUGGAAGCAGAAUAUGAAGAAACAGUUAAAUACAGUGGUUUGUCCUGUCUGAUACUAUGGCCCCCUUUCUUCAGAGCCACUUUUUCUAAACCAGCUUAGAAGAGGAGAGCCAACAGGAAUCACUUAAAAUACAGACUGCAGCAGCUCCACCUAUUCUGAACCUCCGAGAUGAUGCUGAGAAGCGCCUACUAGCAGAUCAACGGGAGAAGAGAGGACUGACACACUCUCUGCUAUUCUCUCUGCUUUCAGGAAGAAGAAGGAAAGGAAAAAAUGGAGAUGAUAGCUACUACAGAACAACUGAACAAGGUUCAAUUAUAAAAGAAAACAAUUCAAGUUUAAUUUCAGAAAGAAUCCAGGACCUACUUGCUCCCCAAAUACUGUUCUGUUUAAGAAAAUAAGAUGGACAAACCCUUUGGAGUGUAAGGGAGACUUGACAAGGAAAUUGGAUAAGUAGCAACAACUAGAAGCACUGCCAGAUUUUGGAGAUAAGAGAUGGACUGAACAAUUGAAAGGGGCUUCAUAUGGCUGGGCUUUCUAGCAGCCAUUUAAACAGAAAACAACGAUGCGUAAGCAAAGAAGUUAAUGAAUAAAUCGUAAGUUCUGCUUCAUGUUUCUAGCAGGAGGAGAUCACGGAAGCAGAGAGAAUGGAGAUGAAGGAUAAGAUCAGGCCGGCCCGCGUGAGCGUGCUGCACGACGCCGUGGGCUGCCGGACCUUCGAGCUGCCGCCGGCCGCCACCGUGCGCGACGUGAAGGCGCUGAUCGCGGCGGAGACCGGCUUCCCGCGGGCCCAGCAGCGGCUGCAGCGCGGCGGCAGGGAGUUAUCUGAUUGUAUCAAGGUUGGGGACCUUCAGAAUGUGCAAAAUCAUAUUUUUCUAAUGCUUCAGUCAAAAGGCUUAAAAGGAGGAGGUCGUUUUGGGCAGACAACUCCACCACUUGUUGAUUUUCUUAAAGAUAUUUUAAGAAGAUAUCCAGAAGGAGGACAAAUUCUUAAGGAACUGAUUCAAAAUGCAGAAGAUGCUGGUGCCACAGAGGUUAGGUUUUUAUAUGAUGAAACUCAAUAUGGAACAGAAUCUCUCUGGUCAAAAGACAUGGCACCAUACCAGGGUCCAGCACUUUAUGCAUACAACGAUGCGGUUUUCACACCUGAGGACUGGCAUGGCAUACAGGAAAUAGCAAGAAGUAGGAAAAAGGAUGAUCCAUUGAAAGUUGGAAGAUUUGGAAUAGGAUUUAAUUCAGUUUAUCAUAUAACAGAUGUCCCUAGUAUCUUCAGUGGUGACCAAAUUGGAAUGCUGGAUCCCCAUCAAACCCUUUUUGGACCCCAUGAAUCAGGCCAGUGUUGGAAUCUAAAGGAUGACAGCAAGGAAAUUAAUGAUCUUACAGAUCAAUUCGCACCAUUUGUUGGUGUGUUUGGUAGCACUAAGGAAACCUUCAAGAAUGGAAACUUUCCUGGCACAUUUUUUCGUUUUCCCCUUCGCCUGCAGCCUUCCCAACUGAGUAGUAAUCUUUAUGACAAACAAAAGAUUUUGGAACUGUUUGAAUCAUUCAGAGCAGAUGCGGAUACAGUGUUGCUCUUUCUAAAAAGUGUUCAAGAUGUUUCCUUGCGUGUUAGAGAGGCUGAUGGAACAGAAAGACUGGUUUUCAGAGUAACUGCUAGUGAGAGCAAGGCCUUGAAACAUGAAAGACCAAACUCUAUCAACAUUUUAGGAACAGCAGUAAGUCAGUAUUGUAAAGGGGUUCCAAGCAACAGCCUAACAUGCGUGACGUACCAUGUAAAUAUAUUUUUGGAAGAUGAGAGUGUUAAGGAUGCACAGAAAACGUCUUGGUUGGUAUGUAACAGUGUGGGAGGUCGAGGAAUCUGCAGUGAACUAGAUAGUUUGGCUGAUGACUUGAAAUUUGUUCCUACGAUUGGAAUAGCUAUGUCUUUAUCAAGUAAUGGUGAGGAAAAAGGAGCUGCAGCAGACUUUUCAGGAAGAGCAUUUUGCUUUCUUCCUUUGCCUCCAGGAGAGGAGAGCAGGACUGGCCUCCCAGUUCAUGUUAGUGGUUUCUUUGGCCUCACUGAUAAUAGGAGGAGUAUCAAAUGGCGAGAGCUGGAUCAGUGGCGAGAUCCAGCAGCUUUGUGGAAUGAGCUUCUUGUGGCCAAUGUUGUCCCAAAAGCAUAUACUACUCUCAUUUUGGAAGCUAUCAAACGAAUGGAGACUGAGAAGAAUUCAGAUUUUCCUUUGUCAUCUGAGAGAAUAUAUGGAUUGUGGCCAGAAAAAGACAAAGUCAGGGUACCCUGGAAGCCAAUUAUAGAACCUGUGUUUAAAGAACUAUUACAAAGUGCAAUUAUUUAUGCUGCCAGUAAUCGGUGGAUAAAGGUGGAGCAGGUGUGCUUUUCUGAAAUGGAUGAGAGCUUGGAGUAUACACAAUCUGUUCUCAACUACCUCCAGAGCUCAGGGAAACAGAUCGCCAAGGUACCACCAAAUAUUGCUAGCGCAGUUCAUCUUAUCGUCUCGAGCACCAAACCUGUGAAGAAAGUGACCCCUGCUGUGGUACGGCAGGUAUUGAGGAAAUCUGGACACACAGGCCCUGCUGGUGAAAAGCUUAACCUCUUGGAGUACGUACUUAGUGAUGGAGUCUACAGUGAACUUAUUGGCUUGGAACUUCUGCCGUUACAGAAUGGAAAUUUUAUUCCUUUUUCUUCGUCUGUGUCGGAGCAAGAUAUAAUUUAUAUAACCUCAGAAGAGUACCCAAGGUCUCUCUUCCCUGGCCUUGAAGGAAGAUUACUUUCUGAUAACCUGAAGCCUCAAGUGUUAACUGCUUUGAAGGAGGCUGCUAAAAGCCGAGGAAGACCAUGCACUCAGCUGCAGCUUUUGACUCCAGAACGAUUUGCCCGGUUAAUCAAAGAAGUUAUGAAUACUGUGUGGCCUAGUAGAGACAUGGUAGUACAGUGGUAUCCAGGUUCGGAAGAGAAAAAUCAUCCAUCUGUUUCCUGGUUUAAGAUGGUUUGGAAGAACUUAUAUAUACAUUUUUCUGAAGAUUUGAGUAUGUUUGAUGACAUGCCACUUAUCCCCAAGACACUGCUGGAAGAAAAUGAGACAUUAGUGGAACUGAUUAGACUUAGGACUCCAUCACCAGUUAUUCUAGAGGAUGAAUCUGAGAGAGAGCUUCCAGAAUUCUUAGCAGACAUUGUUCAGAAAGUCGGUGGAGUUGCACUUAAAAAGCUAGACACCUCGAUACAACAUCCACUUUUAAAAAAGUAUGUGCAUUCACCACUACCAAGUGUCAUUUUACAAAUAAUGGAGAAACUAUCAUUGCAGAAACUAUGCAGUCAGGUAGCAUCAUUUCCUGCAUCUCAUAAAGAUGCUCUUAGGAGAUUUUUAGCUAGUUUAACUGAUGCUAAUGAAAGAGAGAGAAGAAUUAUUCAGGAGCUAAUGAUAUUUAAAAAAAUUGAAAAAUCAUCUGAUGAAGGGGACAAUGCUUUUACAGUAUUAAAAGGUUGUAAGGUGUUGCACCACACUGCCAAACUGCCACCUGGUAUAAGACUUUCUGUUCCAAUAAUUGACAGCAGCGAUGAAGCUACUAUUCGGUUAGCUAACCUACUAAAAGAAGAACAGCUAAAGAGCACAGAUUGCCUCAAGUUUAUCAUACAAGAUAUUCAAAAAGACUUUUAUUCAUAUGAUGAAUCAACAAAGAUUAUGCUGUGGGUUCUUGAAAAUCUGACUUUCCUCAAAAAUGAAAAUACAGAUGUGAUAGAUUGGCUAACAUCGCUAACAUUUAUUCAAAUUUCACAAGAAAAGAUAGUGUCAGCCAGUGAACUUUUUGAUCCUGAAGUAGAAGUACUACAAAAUCUGUUUUAUGCUGAGGAAGAAAUCUGCUUCCCACCUAAUACUUUUACAGUGUCUUCAGAUAUUCUUCAUUCUCUUAGACAAAUAGGCUUAAAAAAUGAAGCAGAUCUUGAAGAAAAUGAUAUUAUGCGAGUGGCAAAUAAUAUUGAAACCUUGCAAGGUAAUUCUAUCACAAACCAUGAUUUAUUAUUAAGAAAAGCUAGAACUCUUUUAAUGAUUUUGAACAAGAACCACACUUUGCUGCAUUCACCUGAAGCAAAAACAAUGUUGAAAAAAAUAAAAUGGAUUCCUGCAUGCAAGGAAAGACCUCCAAAUUAUCCAGGAUCAUUAGUCUGGAAAGGAGAUUUCUCUAAUCUGUGUUCACCACCAGAAAUGUGUGAUAUAGCUCAUGCAAUUUUAGUUGGUUCAUCAGUUCCCCUUGUGGAAAAUGUCCAUUUAAAUAUAGAAAAAACACUUGGCAUUGCCACCAAACCUAGCAUAAAAGCAGUCUUAAAACACUUUAAGGUGGUGGUUGAUUGGCACUGUUCUAAAACCUUUAGUGAUGAGGACUAUUAUCAAUUUCAGCAUAUUUUGCUUGAAAUUUAUGGAUUUAUGCAUGAUCACUUAGAUGAAGGUAAGGAGGCCUUUAAAGCCUUGAAAUUUCCCUGGGUUUGGACUGGUAAAAAAUUUUGUUCUGUUACACAAGCAGUAAUAAAGCCAGAACCUGAUCUUGAUCUCCAGCCUUAUCUACAUAAUGUGCCUAAAACUAUGACUAAAUUCCACCAGUUAUUUAAAUAUUGUGGUUCAAUUGAGCAGUUAACGCCAGACCAUGUUUCAAUGGUCAUUCAGAAAAUAUAUCUAAAAAGUGAGCAAUCUCUCAGUGAGGAGGAGAGUAAACAAAAUCUCUACAUCAUGCUGAGCAUUAUAAGAUGGCUAUAUAGCAGUCAGAUUUCUGCAAAUCUGAAUACACCCAUGCCUAUUUAUAGUGGCAAACAUCCUUACAAACUUACAAUGAAACCGAUUCAUGAAUGCUGUUAUUGUGAUAUCAAAGUUGAUGACUUAAAUGACUUGCUUGAAGAUUCUGUGGAACCAAUAAUCUUGGUGCAUGAAGACAUACCCAUGAAAACUGCAGAGUGGUUAAAUGUGCCAUGCCUCAGUACAAGAUUGAUUAAUCCAGAAAACAUGGGUUUUGAGCAAUCUGGGCAAAGAGAACCUCUCACUGUAAGAAUUAAAAACAUUUUGGAGGAAUAUCCUUCUGUUUCAGACAUUUUUAAAGAACUGCUUCAAAAUGCGGAUGAUGCCAAUGCAACAGAAUGUAAUUUCAUGAUUGACAUGAGGCGCAAUAUGGAUAUAAGAGAGAACCUUUUGGAUCCUGGAAUGGCAGUGUGUCAUGGGCCAGCUUUGUGGUCCUUCAACAAUUCUGUAUUUUCUGACUCAGAUUUUCUAAAUAUAACUCGAUUGGGGGAGUCUCUAAAAAGAAGUGAAGUUGAUAAAGUAGGAAAAUUUGGAUUGGGGUUUAACUCUGUUUAUCAUGUCACUGAUAUUCCCAUCAUUAUGAGCAGAGAGUUCAUGAUAAUGUUUGACCCAAAUGUUAACCACAUCAGUAAACAUAUUAGGGAUAAAUCUAAUCCUGGAAUCAAAAUUAACUGGAGUAAACAACAGAAAAGGCUGCGAAAAUUUCCAAAUCAGUUCAAACCAUUUUUGGGUGUAUUUGGUUGUCACCUACCAUUGACAGUGGAGUCCCCUUACAGCUAUGAUGGGACUCUUUUCAGACUUUCUUUUAGAACUCAGCAGGAGGGCAAAGUGAGUGAGGUCAGCAGCACUUGUUAUAAUACAGCUGACAUUUACACUUUGGUAGAUGAAUUCAGCAUUUGUGGACAUCGACUGAUAAUAUUCACUCAGAGUGUAAACUCAAUGGUUUUGAAGUAUUUGAAAACUGAGGAAGCUGAUCCUGGCAUGGCACAGGAAGUUGUGACUAUUAAAAAAAAUGUGUGCACCUCUAAAGCAUUGCUUUCCCCUGUAGUGAGUGUUUUAAAAGAAGCAGCCAAACUAAUGAAGACUUGCAGCAACAGUAGUAAAAAGCUUCCCACUGAAACACCAAAAUCUUCAUGCAUCUUACAGAUUGUAGUAGAAGAAUUUCAUCAUGUAUUUAGACGCAUUGCUGAUUUGCAGUCUCCUCUCUUUAGAGGUCCAGAGGAUGACCCAGCUUCUUUCUUUGAAAUGGCAAAAUCUGGACAGAUGAAAAGGCCAGCUGAUGAGCUGCCACAAAAAACAGUUGAUUCUACAUCGUGGCUUAUAUGCUCUUGCAUGGACACUGGGGAUGCUCUCAAAUUUUCAUUACAGGAAAGUGGACAAAGAUUAGGACUUGUUCCCUGUGGUGGUGUAGGAGUACAUCUGUCUGAAACUCAGGAACAAAAGUGGAUUGUGAAACCUGGUUGUAACAGCAUAGGGGAAGUGUUCUGCUAUUUGCCUCUUCGAAUUAAAACAGGGUUGCCAGUUCACAUCAAUGGCUGCUUUGCUGUUACUUCAAAUAGAAAAGAGAUCUGGAAAACAGACACAAAAGGAAGAUGGAACACAGUAUUCAUGAGACAUGUUAUUGUAAAAGCUUAUUUAGAAGCACUCUGUAUUUUACGUGACAUGGCCAUCAAUGGUGAGUUAGCUGACUAUAGUUACUGUGCAGUGUGGCCGGAUCCUGACUCGGUACAUGAUGAUUUUUCUAUUAUAUGUCAAGGAUUUUAUGAAGAUAUAGCUCAUGCAAAAAGCAAAGAAGGGAUCAAAGUGUUCUCUGAUGGUUCAUCAUGGGUUUCCAUGAAGAACGUGAGGUUUUUAGAUGAUUCAAUAUUGAAAAGGCCAGACAUUGGGCCUUCUGCCUUUAAAAUCUUCCUGAAGUACCUUAAAAAAACUGGAUCCAAAAAUCUAUGUGCAGUAGAGCUUCCUUCUUGGGUGAAGACAGGUUUUGAAGAAGCAGGAUGUAAAUACAUACUACAAGAGAACACUUUCUCUGAGAAACAGUUCUUCUCUGAAGUUUUUUUCCCUAAUAUUCAGCAGAUUGAUGCUCAGCUACGUGAUCCUUUGAUGCGUUAUGUGCUCAAUGAAAAGGUUGAGGAAUUCUCAGGAAUUCUUUGUGUUACUCCGUGUAUUCCCUGUUCUUUGGAAGGACAUCCUUUAGUUAUACCUUCCAGAUUGAUACACCCUGAAGGAAGAGUUGCAAAGUUGUAUGAUGCUGAAGAUGGAAGAUUUCCUUAUGGCAGCAAUCAGGAUUACCUUAAUCCUGUUAUUUUGGUGAAACUUGUUCAGUUAGGCAUGGCUAAAGAUGAUGUUUUAUGGGAAGACCUAAUAGAACGUGCAGAGUCAGUAGCAGAAAUUAAUACAAAUGAUCAUGCUGCAGCUUGUCUCCGAAGCAGCAUUAUACUGAGUCUUGUUGAUGAAAAACUAAAAUGUAAUGACCCUAGAGCCAAAGAAUUUUCUGCAAAAUGUCAAACAAUCUCUUUCCUUCCAUUCCUUACAAAGCCAGCAGGUUUUUCAUUGCACUGGUGGGGUAGUGAUUUUCAGCCUGAAACAAUGUUUUCAGCAUCUGAUCUUUUCACUGCUGAUCAUCAAGAUAUAGUUUGUCUCUUACAACCAAUUCUUAAUGAAAACUCUCAUUCCUUUAAGGGUUGUGGGGCUCUGUCAUUAGCUGUCAAAGAGUUUUUGGGAUUACUUAAGAAACCAACUGUCAACAUGGUCAUAAAUCAGUUGCUGGAAGUUGCUAAAACAUUUGAUGGAAUUACAUUGUAUCAGGAGAAUAUCACUAAUGCUUGCUACAAAUACCUACAUGAAGCAAUGCUACAGAACGAAACCACAAAAACAGUUAUCAUUGACCAGUUAAAAAGAUGUAGUUUCAUUCUUGUAGAAAAUGCAUAUGUUGACCCAAUGAAAGUAUGCUUUUAUUUGAACUUUGAAGCAGCUCCGUAUCUCUACCAGUUGCCUAAUAAAUAUAAAAAUAGCUUCCGUGAACUCUUUGAAAAUGUGGGUGUGAGACAUGCUUUUACAGUUGAGGAUUUUGCUCUAGUCCUUGAGUUGAUUAAUCAAGAAAGAGGGACAAACACGCUAACAGAAGAAAAUUUUCAACUUUGUAGGAGAAUUAUUAGUGAAGGAAUAUGGGGCCUCAUUAGAGAGAAGAAGCAAGAAGUCUGUGUGAAAAAGUAUGGUGCGAUUUUGUUACCAGAUACUCGUCUUGCACUUUUAUCUGCUAAAUCUUUGUGUUACAAUGAUUGUCCUUGGAUAAAAGUUAAAGAUACAACUGUAAAAUAUUGUCAUGCUGAUAUUCCUAGAGAAGUUGCAGUAAAGCUUGGAGCGAUACCAAAGCGACACAAAGCUCUAGAAAGAUAUGCCUCUAAUAUCUGUUUUACUACCUUGGGAUCUGAGUUUGGACAGAAAGAAAAAUUGACGAGUAGAAUUAAAAGCAUUCUUAAUGCGUACCCUUCAGAAAAAGAAAUGCUGAAAGAGCUACUUCAGAAUGCAGAUGAUGCCAAAGCUACAGAGAUCUGUUUUGUGUUUGAUCCUAGACAUCAUCCAGUUGAUAGAAUAUUUGAUGAGAAAUGGGCACCUCUUCAAGGGCCAGCAUUGUGUGUGUACAAUAAUCAGCCUUUUACAGAGGAUGAUAUCAGAGGGAUUCAGAACCUUGGAAAAGGUACUAAAGAAGGAAACCCAUGUAAAACGGGACAAUACGGUAUAGGAUUCAAUUCUGUGUAUCACAUCACUGAUUGUCCUUCUUUCAUAUCGGGAAACGAUAUACUCUGUAUCUUUGAUCCUCAUGCUAGAUAUGCACCAGGUGCGACAUCAGUAAGUCCUGGACGCAUGUUUAGAGAUUUAGAUGCAGAUUUCAGAACGCAAUUCUCAGAUGUACUUGACCUCUACUUAGGAGACCACUUUAAAUUGGAUAAUUGCACAAUGUUUCGGUUUCCACUUCGAAAUGGAGAAAUGGCAAAAGUGUCAGAAAUUUCCUCUGUUCCGAGUUCAGACAGAAUGGUCCAAAAUCUUCUGGAUAAGUUGCGUACAGAUGGAGCAGAACUUUUAAUGUUUUUGAAUCACAUGGAAAAAAUUUCUGUUUGUGAAAUAGAAAAAACAACAGGAGCACUGAAUGUAUUAUACUCUGUACAGGGCAAAAUUACAGAUGGAGACAGAUUGAAACGGAAGCAAUUCCAUGCAUCUGUAAUUGACAGUGUAACUAAAAAAAAGCAGCUAAGUGAAAUACCUGUACAACAGAUUACUUACACUAUGGAUACUGAAGAUUCUGAAAGUAACCUUACAACUUGGCUAAUUUGCAACAGGUCUGGUUUUUCAGCUAUGGAGAAAGUAUGCAAAAGUGUUAUAUCAGCUCAUAAGAAUAAAGACAUCACCCUUUUUCCACGUGGAGGAGUAGCUGCUUGCAUUACUCACAACUACAAAAAACCCCACAGGGCAUUUUGCUUCUUACCUUUAUCUUUAGAGACUGGGUUACCUUUUCACGUAAAUGGACACUUUGCCUUAGACUCUGCCAGAAGAAAUCUAUGGCGUGAUGAUAAUGGAGUUGGAGUAAGAAGUGACUGGAAUAAUAGCCUAAUGACAGCAGUAAUUGCACCAGCCUAUGUUGAACUGCUGAUCCAAUUGAAAAAACGUUAUUUUCCAGGCUCUGAUCCUACAGUAUCAAUAUUACAAAACACAUCUAUUCAUGUUGUGAAAGACACUUUAAAAAAGUUUUUGUCUUUUUUCCCAGUUAACAGACUUGAUAUUCAGCCAGAUUGGUAUUGUCUAGUGAAAGCAGUAUACAGCUGCAUUUAUGAAGAUUUAAAACGUCUGUUACCUGUCAUGCGAGCUCCAAAUAUUGAUGGCUCUGAUUUACAUUCUGCAGUUAUCAUUACUUGGGUUAACAUGUCUACCUCAAACAAAGGGAGGCCAUUUUUUGACAAUUUGCUACAAGAUGAAUUGCAGCACCUCAAGAACACAGAGUAUAACAUCACAACACGCAAGACAGUAGCAGAAAAUGUUUAUAGACUCAAACAUCUACUUUUAGAAAUUGGAUUUAACUUGGUAUAUAACUGUGAUGAAACAGCAAAUCUUUAUCACUGUCUUGUAGAUGCAGAUAUUCCAGUCACAUAUGUGACUCCUGCUGAUGUAUGCAAUUUUUUGAUGACAUUUUCUUCUCCAGAUUCUAAUUGUCACAUUGGAAAGUUGCCCUGUCGUCUUCAGCAGACAAACUUGAAACUCUUUCACAGCCUAAAACUUCUGGUUGACUAUUGUUUCAAGGAUGCAGAAGAGAAUGAAAUCCAAGUUGAGGGGUUGCCACUUCUUCUUACACUUGACAAUGUCUUGCAAGUUUUUGAUUCAAAGCGGCCAAAGUUCUUAACAACAUAUCAUGAACUGAUUCCAUCUCGCAAGGACCUGUUUAUGAACACACUGUAUUUGAGAUACAGUAAUAUUUUCCUUAGCUGUGAUGUAGCAAAAGUCUUUGACAUCACAAGUUUUGCUGAUUUAUUAUCAUCUGUGUUACCUAGAGAAUAUAAAACCAGAACUUGUAUGAAAUGGAAAGAAAAUGUUGCAAGUGAAUCUUGGCUUAAAAGUGCAUGGCAUUUUAUUAGUGAAUCUGUAAAUGUGAAGGAAGAUCAAGAAGACAUGAAAACAAAAUUUGAUGAUGUUGUUGAUACUUUGAAGGAUUGGGCUUUGCUGCCAGGUAUAAAGUUUACUGUCUCAGCCAAUCAGCUUGUUGUGCCAGAGUGUGAUGUCUUGUUGCCUCUUAGCCUUAUGCAUAUAGCAGUUUUCCCAAAUGCGCAGAGUGAUAAAGUUUUCCACGCUUUAAUGAAAACAGGUUGUAUUCAGCUUGCUUUGAACAAAAUUUGCUCCAAAGACAAUAUUCUAGUGCCACUCUUGUCAGGGCAUACAGCAAACAUAGAUAAUCCUUCAAGCAUUCUGAAAGCUAUACAUUAUAUGGUCCAGACCUCAACAUUUAAGACUGAAAAAUUAGCAGAAAGUGAUUUUGAAGCUCUCUUAAUGUACUUCAAUUGCAAUUUGAGUCAUUUAAUGUCUGAUGAUGACAUAAAUAUUUUGAAGUCUCUUCCAUGCUAUAAAUCUAUUAGUGGUCGAUACAUCAAUAUUUUAAAAUGUGGAACUUGCUAUGUACUUACAAAAAGUAUCCCUUCAGCUGAAGUGGAUAGAUGGACACAGUCAACAUUAUGUGCCUUUCUUGAAGAAAAAGUUCACUUAAAAGACUUGUACAGUGUAGUUGGUUGUGUCCCAGUGGAUGAUCUUGAAGUGUAUCUGAAGCAUCUUUUACCAAAGAUUGAAACAUUGUCUUAUGAUGCAAAAGUAGAGCAUUUGAUCUACCUAAAGAACAGACUCUCUGGCAUUGAGGAAUCUUCAGAAAUAAAGGAACAGCUAUUUGAAAAACUGGAAAGCUUUUUGAUAAUUCAUGAUGCGAACAAUAGACUAAAACCUGCAAAACAUUUUUAUGACAGAACUAUACGAGUCUUUGAAGUUAUGCUUCCUGAAAAACUGUUCAUACCUCAAGAAUUCUUUAGGAGACUGGAACAACUCACAAAACCGAAGAAUCAAACUGCCUUCCUUACAUCAUGGGUAACAUUCCUACGGCAUAUAGGACUAAAGUAUGUCAUUUCACAACAACAGUUAUUGCAGUUUGCUAAGGAGAUAAGCAUGAGAGCUAACACAGAAAACUGGUCUAAGGAAGCGCUGCAGAACACAGUUGAUGUCCUCCUCCAUCACAUAUUUCAAGAAAGACCUGAUUUACUAUCAGGAAAUUUUCUAAAAGAAUUAUCUUUAAUUCCUUUUUUGUGUCCUGAACGUGCUCCUGCUGAAUUUGUCAGAUUUCAUCCUCAGUAUCAGGAAGUUAAUGGGACACUCCCCCUUAUAAAAUUCAGUGGAGCACAGGUAAACCCUAAAUUCAAACAAACAGAUGUGUUACAAUUGCUGUGGACCUCAUGUCCUAUUCUGCCUGAGAAAGCAACACCUCUAAGUAUUAAAGAACAAGAAGGAAGUAGUUUUGGCCCACAAGAACAGCUUGAGCAAGUUUUAACUAUGCUAAAUGUUAACUUGGAUCCACCUGUGGACAAAGUUAUCAAUAACUGCAGAAAUAUAUGUAAUAUAACUACUUUGGAUGAGGAAAUGGUAAAAACUAGGGCCAAAGUCCUACGGAGUAUUUAUGAAUUUCUCAGUACAGAGAAGAGGGAAUUCCGCUUUCAGCUUCGAGGGGUUGCUUUUGUGAUGGUAGAGGAAGGUUGGAAGCUUCUGAAACCUGAGGAAGUAGUAAUAAAUCUUGAAUAUGAAUCUGAUUUUAAACCCUACCUUUACAAACUUCCUUUAGAACUUGGUACCUUUCACCAGUUAUUUAAACACUUGGGUACUGAAGAUGUUAUUUCAACCAAGCAGUAUGUUGAAGUUUUAAGUCGCAUAUUCAAGAACUCUGAAGGAAAGCAACUGGAUCCUAAUGAAAUGCGCACAGUUAAGAGAGUUGUUUCUGGCCUGUUUAAAAGUCUUCAAAAUGAUUCUGUUAAGGUUAGAAAUGACCUUGAGAAUAUGAGAGAUCUGAUCCUUUACCUUCCCAGUCAAGAUGGUAGGUUGGUAAAGUCAAGCAUCUUAGUUUUUGAUGAUGCCCCACAUUACAAAAGUAGAAUCCAAGGUAAUAUUGGUGUACAGAUGCUUGUUGAUCUUAGCCAGUGUUACUUGGGGAAAGAUCAUGGUUUUCAUACCAAGUUGAUAAUGCUGUUCCCUCAGAAACUGAGGCCUCGUCUGUUGAGCAGUAUUCUUGAAGAACAGUUAGAUGAAGAAUGUCCCAAAAUUUGUCAGUUUGGAGCACUGUGUUCGCUGCAAGGCAGAUUGCAAUUAUUAUUAUCUUCUGAACAGUUCAUUACAGGACUUAUUAGAAUUAUGAAGCAUGAAAAUGAUAAUGCUUUCCUAGCCAAUGAAGAAAAAGCAGUAAGACUGUGCAAAGCCUUACGAGAAGGUUUGAAAGUGUCUUGUUUUGAGAAGCUUCAAACAACGUUAAGAGUGAAGGGUUUUGCUCCUAUUCCCCACAGUAGAAGUGAAACAUUUGCUUUUUUAAAGAGAUAUGGGAAUGCAGUAAUACUCCUUUAUAUACAGCACUCGGACAGCAAAGACAUAAAUUUCCUUCUGGCAUUAGCAAUGACCCUGAAAUCUGCAACGGACAAUCUGAUUUCUGAUACCUCAUAUUUAAUUGCUAUGUUAGGUUGUAAUGAUAUUUACAGAAUUAGUGAAAAGCUUGAUAGUUUAGGAGUGAAGUAUGACUCCUCAGAGCCAUCAAAACUCGAGCUACCUAUGCCUGGCACUCCUAUACCAGCAGAAAUUCACUAUACUCUCCUUAUGGAUCCAAUGAAUGUUUUUUAUCCAGGAGAAUAUGUUGGUUACCUUGUUGAUGCUGAGGGUGGUGAUAUAUAUGGAUCAUAUCAACCAACAUAUACAUAUGCAAUCAUUGUGCAAGAAGUGGAACGGGAAGAUAAUGAAAAUUCCAGUUUUUUGGGAAAGAUAUAUCAGAUUGAUAUUGGAUAUAGUGAGUAUAAGAUAGUGAGCUCUCUUGACUUAUACAAGUUCUCAAGACCUGAUGAAAGUUCCCAAAGUAGAGACAGUGCGCCUUCUACCCCAACUAGUCCUACCGAAUUUCCAGCACAUGGACCCAGGACAAUUCCUCCUCUCUUCUCCGGUAGAGAGAGCCACAAAACAGCAUCUUCAAAACAUCACUCGCCUAAAAAGAUGAAGGCAAAUUCUUUGCCAGAAAUAUUAAGAGAAGUAACAUCAGUGAUUGAACAGGCUUGGAAACUUCCAGAAUCUGAAAGGAAAAAGAUUAUUAGAAGACUGUAUCUUAAGUGGCAUCCAGACAAAAAUGCAGAGAACCUUGAUAUAGCCAAUGAAGUUUUCAAACAUUUACAGAAUGAGAUUAACAGACUAGAAAAACAGGCUUUUAUAGACCAAAAUACAGACAGAGCAUCAAGACGAACCUUUUCAUCCUCAGCUUCUCGAUUCCAGUCGGACAAAUUUUCAUUUCAAAGGUUUUAUACUUCAUGGAAUCAAGAAGCAACAAGCCAUAAAUCUGAGAGGCAACAGUGUAAAGAAAAGUGCCCAUCUUCAACAGGGCCAUCAUACUCUCAACGAUUCUUUGUACCACCUACAUUCAGAUCCGUUGGUAAUCCUGUGGAGGCACGUAGAUGGCUUAGGCAAGCUCGAGCAAACUUCUCAGCUGCAAGAAACGACCUUCAUAAAAAUGCUAAUGAAUGGGUGUGCUUCAAAUGCUAUCUCUCCACUAAGCUAGCUUUGAUUGCGGCUGAUUAUGCUGUAAGGGGUAAGUCAGAUAAAGAUGUAAAACCAACUGCUCUUGCACAAAAAAUAGAGGAAUAUAGCCAACAACUUGAGGGACUUACAAAUGAUGUUCAGACACUGGAAGCUUAUGGAGUAGAUAGCUUAAAAACUAGAUAUCCUGACUUGCUUCCCUUUCCACAGAUUCCAAAUGAUAGGUUCACUUCUGAAGUUGCCAUGAGAGUGAUGGAGUGUACUGCCUGCAUCAUAAUAAAACUUGAAAACUUUAUACAACAAAAAGUAUGAGAGACUGAAGAGGUUAGGAAAGUGCACUCUCAAGAACUAAAUGUUUAAUAUAAUGGGAUACAAAUGUCAUUUACUUGUGCAACUUACUGUACUUCCAAGAGGUUACACAUUACCAAGCAGCUUAAAAAUACAAUGCACAUAUUUGGAUGGUACUGAAGUAUUUAAAGUGAAACUAAAUUAAUCAAACUUUAUUUUCUUGAGCCUGCUGUAUGAGCAAACUGUAAAAACAUGAAUAUUUUAAAUGUUUGCAGGGAGAUCGUGCUGCAAAAAAUAGCUCUGUGUACAGUACAAGUGGUUAAAAUCACACAAGAUUGUGAACUGCACUUUAUAUAACCAAAGCUUAGCAGUAUGCUAGAUGAAUGAAGCCUGUAUAAUAAACUCCUUGUUAGAUUUUAUUUCAUUUAUUAUGUUUCCAAGAAGUGAUGUCAUUUUUCAAUGUAUUAAUCAAAGACUGGACAUAUUAUUAAAUGGGAGGGGAAAACUUUGGAGAAGAAUGACUCCAGAGCAUUACUUGAUUCUUUUGUGUUCUGUGGACAUUCAUGUCAUCCAUAUUAAUACUCUUAUCAGCUGGAUCUGAUUAUAAAUUUGCUGCAGUAUUACACCCUGGACAUUUAGAGUACCUUUCAAAUGGUACAGUAUUUUAAUCCUCAGUAAUAUUACUUGACUUAACAUACAACUUCAUGUAGUGCAUUGAGUGCAUUUACUUAAUUAUAAAAUAGUCUGAAAUACUUAGAUAUUUAAUUUACAUUUUUGUUUAAGACCCUGCCAUUUUUUAUUUAAUGAAGCCUGCAUGUGGAUAAACUAGAAUUGGUGACCAUCAAUGUACAGUGUUUUAUGAAGGGUUUUUGAAAACUGCACACCAAAACUCGCUUCUAAAAUGUUUCAAUGCUUGAGUUUCACGUUUCUCUGUGCAUACGUGUGUGUGUAUAUUUUUCACAAAUAUUGGAAAUGGUACAACUUGGUAAUCCAUUUUUUUGGUGUACAGUGGGCAGUAUUUUGUUACAUAUCAAAAGGUGCUGCAAUGUAAUGCUUUUUUUAUUUUGUCUCUCUCUAAGACACUAGGGAUGUCUGAUUUUUAGUUCCCACCCUUUCUUUUAUAAAUUGUAAAAUGUUUUAUAAUGUCAAGUAAUGUAGUCAAUAUUAGUUAUUUGUAAAGAAUUACAAGAACUUGUAAAUGGAAUUUUUUUUUUGCUGAAUUUGCUACAUUAACAUAAACAUUCAUCAUUUCCUGGUGACAUAAUUGUCAUAACUGUUUACUUGAUAGCUGUAAUUUCACUUACAGAAUGUAAAAGAAAAUUAACAACAGUAGUAUCUUAUAGGGAGAUUCGGUUCUGACAGUGCUGUAAUCCAAAAGAAAAAAUGUUGACAAAGGCUUUUUUUAGUUUCAUGCAGAUAUUCAAGGGCUUGCUCUCUUCAGAAAAAUGUCACAAGUAAUUAUUGGUUAUGGGAAGAAAUGUUGCUAUUUGGAAAGGUGUAUUGCUUCUGUUUGUGAGGCCAUGUGAUCAUUUCUGCUAUUAUAUUAAGUGACAUAAUUUUAAUAAAGAAAAAUACAAACAUCA